AUGGGAAACCAGCUCUGGGCUUCGCAACGACGACUCUUCAAUGAUGACAGCUUUGAGAAUCAGUCUGAAGACAGAUAUAGUGACAGGAAGCCUGUAGUCAGAUCGGUUGGUCAACGUGGCACGGGUGCUGAUAACCGUCGAGGGGCCGGUGAUCGUGCAUUCGGCCUGCCGCCCUCGCGCCCUCCACCAACUCCGAAAUGCACUCUCUACAUCGGUAACAUCCUUUUCGACGUGACCGCCGAAGACCUAAAGAACGUGUCAAGCCAGUUUGGUACGGUUGUGAACACUCGCGUCAUUUACGACAGUCGUGGUUUGAGCAGAGGAUUCGGAUAUGUCAAAUUCGAAACAGUCGAGAUGGCUGCAAACGCAGUUGACCACAUGCACCUUAUGGAACACGAGGGUCGCCAAUUGACUGCCAACUUUGCACAAACUGAGUUGCUGACCGAGCAUAUUAAGCCGCGCGCAACCCCAACCCGAACCCUCUUUGUUGGCAACAUCGCUCACCAGAUCACCGAUCGUGACCUCCAUGAACUUUUCGAUGAUAUUCCAAACGUCGUCGAUGUCCGUGUUGCUGUUGACCGCAGAACCGGCAUGCCGAGAGGAUUUGCUCACGCCGAGUUUACCGACGUCGAGAGUGCCAUCGCGGGGUUUGAUAUCCUCCAGGGUAAAGCGCCUUAUGGCCGCCCACUUCGAUUGGAUUACAGCAAUGCCGCCGAGCCCCAGAAGAAAACGUCCCGCGCAACCGAAAUACUAAAUUCUGGGCCAGAGACUGAGAUAAACGUUGAGCCAGAAGCCCAGCAAGAGGCCCAGCAAGAGAUCCAGCAAGAGACCCAACCAGAAGCCCAGCCAGAAGCCCAAGAACAGACCCAACAGGAGACCCAAGGAGAGUCCUCUCAGGAGACUGCCCCUAAAGCCGCUCAAAUCUAA